CUCACAUACGCAGGGCUUGUUCGUUUCCCGCUUGGGGUUGCUAGGUGCUUCCUCAGGGCGAAGCAUAAUAUAGCAUCGUAUACAACGUCGCGUGUGUAGCACAAGCGAGCAGUUGCAGUGGUGUCCAAGUAGAGCCCCAACAGUUCCACGGCGUUGAAUCGGACAACCUCAUUCACACCCGCACGAGGGAAACGCGGCAGUGACUGUCAAGUCCAUCAACCAAACGCAAAAUGCCGCUUUUCCGGAGGCAACCGUUCCAGAAGGUGACGAGCGGCGAGCGGCUGCGGGAUGACGAAAAGGUGUUCUACUGCGAAGCGACGGGGGAAAUCUUCACCAACUACGAGGACUUCUUUCACCGCAUGAUGCUCAUUUCGUCGAUGUUGUGGAGCUGUGCACUCACCGGCAAACCGAACCUUACCUACCUCGAGGCGCUCGCAUCAGAGAAGGCGGCCAGAAAGAUGCUGAAAACGUUCCCGGAUGCCGUCAAGGGCCCGUUUCUGCUAGUGGCAACGCACACCAAGCGUACCGCGAUCAACGAAAUGCACGACGACGUCUACAGCUUCAUCAAGGAUCAGUUAUUUAAGGGCGAGGAGGUUGAAGCGCUGGAUCCUGUCUCGAAACACUUUCGUCGGGCUCGAAUAAUGAAAGUUGAACCCGGUGAGGGCUGGCCAAACCAACAGAAACCGUCCAACUUGAUGUACCACGUGAUGGGCAAGGACUACGCCACGCCGAAAGUGUGGAUCGUGCCCGGGCCGAUGCUGAAGCGCGACCGCCACACGCUGACGCGCGAUAAGUGCAAGAUUUUCCUGAAGCAGCACAUCGAAACGGGCCCGGGCGGGCUGCUACGCAUCAAGCAGGAAUCGCUGGACCGGUACGUACGUGGCGAGGGGUUAACCGAUGAGCAGGUGUUUUUCGGCCACGUACCGGACUUCGAGCUGUCCAAGAAGCUAAAGCGAGAAGAAGCUAAGCGCGAAGAGCGCAGCAAAGCGAAGGCGAACGGGGAGACAAAGCGAAAUGAGGCCGCCACGCUAACCGGAAGCGAUGGUGGCGGCAUCGUUCGACCGCCCGAGAAGAAAAAGCGCCAGCAGAAAAAGGGCAAAGAUAAAACGGCAGUGGCCCAAGAAGGAGACAGUGGCGGUAAAGACCCAAAACAGUCCAUGAAACAGCUGCAGGCGAGCAUUGAAAGUUUUGUCGAACGAUCGCAGGACGAUCUCGAGAGGAUUGCGAAGAUGAAGGAGGAGGAGAUGCUGCGCAUGAAGCAAAAGGCGGAGCAGGAGGCUGCGGCGAAGAAGCGACAAGAGGAGAGGAAAGCACUGCUGGCGAAGCUGGUCACACUGGCGAUGAAAAAGUACAACACGGUGUUCGACGAUCAAACGCUCGAGGAUCAGCGCGUCAUACCGCCGGUGCGUCCCGUACGUACGCUCAUUCCGGCGAAAUACUUUGGCAACUUUGUGUUCAUACUGGAGUUUCUCAACUCGUUCAGCGAUCUGCUCUCCAGCCGUUCCAAGUUCCCGAACGGAUUCACGAUGGAUCUGCUCGAGCGUGCACUACUGCUGCGCGAGGUAAACGGUCCGCUGAGUGACAUCUUCCAGGUGCUGCUUAGUGCGAUCUUCACCCAGCAGGCCGAGGAGGAAAACGAGGUGGACGUGCGGUACAAACGCCCGGAGAACAUUGCGCUGAAGCGGCAGACGGUGCCGGAUCAGGUGCGAGCACGCGAUACAGCCAUCUGGGUGCAGAAGCACUACUGCUCCAAAGUGCACGAGCUGCCACUGGACUCCACGACGGUGUCGGAGGUGCUGCGGUUGCAUCUUCUGGCCUCCGGCGCACUAGUGGAGGAAAAGGCAGCCAAACAUCGGUACUACAACCGAGGUGGGUUUGUCAACUCCGACGACCCGGGAUUGCGCCUGGUGCAGGACUAUCCGCACAUACUGCGCGCGCUGAAAUCGUACCCCGUCUAUCAACUGCCCAUCGGUGACGUGAUACAGCUGCUGUGCUGCCUCAUCCACCAGUUGCUCACGUACAGCGGCGUGCGGGAGCUGGUCGAGGAGCGAGUGGAGCGUGCCCGGGUGGCGCGCAUCAACUACCAAGCGAAUCGAGCUGCCCAACGGCGGGUCACCAACAAGGUUGGCUCGGCGAAAAACGUCGCACGCGAAAACCUCAAAAAGGAGCUGGCAGCGUACGAAGGUGGUGAUGGGCCGGAAAAGGACGCCGCACGGAUUGAGAUGGCUGCGCGCUUGGAUGCAGAGCUGAACAAAAUCGAGGUGGACGCCGAACGCCAGCUAAAGGAGCUGACCGCCAAGGCCAAGAAGCUGAAGGAGGACUUUUUCGAUUAUCAGAUCUACCUCGGUACGGAUCGAUGCUACCGUAGCUACUGGCUGUACGAGUCGCUGCCCGGACUGUUCGUAGAGCAUGAUCGGACGGCCGUCGGGCAGUGCGCCGAGCAGCCCACGAUUAACAAUGCCGACCUAGCCAAAUGCCCCAACGAGAUGCGCCGCAAGUAUAUCACCCGGUCGAUUAUGACGGCCGGAAUGAGUGCUUCCUUUAUGGAAAGGUUUACGGCCGGUUCGCUUCCCGAUGAGGCGAUUUUGUAUGACCAGUUGCUUGCUGAGGGUAGCGCCGACCUGCCCGCACACGAGAAACAAGCUCUCCUAAUAGAGCGACAGCCCGUUCCGCUGGAGAAUGGUGGUGGUGAUGGUGGAGAUGAAGUGAUCCAGUUGGAUCCGGUGAUUCCCACCGCACCCCCGCAACCAACCAACCAAGAGCUGCUGAUGUGCACGGCCAUCCCAGACAGCUGCCCGGUGCACGCAGACAGGGAAGGGCCCUCCUGGGGAUACUACGCGUCGGCCGAAGAGCUGGACGCCCUCAUUCAUAGCCUCAAUGUGCGUGGCUUGCGUGAAAAGCAGCUGCGUGAGACGCUCGAAUGCGAGCGUGAUCUGAUCGCGACGCACAUUGCCAACUGCCCCGCAGCGAAGCUGUCCAUUACUGCGGACGCCAGCAGGGAACAGCUGCUAGCGGUGAUUGUGUCCCGUCAACAGCGCAAGUACGACUCGCCCAACUUCAGCUACGACCCGGGCACGGAGCCGAAUGAGAUCAUGGAGGCGGUGCUGGUGGAGAAUUUGCUCGAGCUGGAGGCGAAGAUUACGGUUGGCUACCUAGGCGUGAUGCGUGUGCGCGAUCGACAGAAAUGGCGGGACGCGAUCGAGGCGCGCUCGUACGACGCUCAAACGGACGAACCACUCGUUUGGGGCCCGAAGUGGCUGGCCAAGCUAGGGUGCCACCAGAACGGCGGUGGUGGUGGGCAUGAUUCGCAGCCACAACCAGAGCAGCAGGAGCAAGAGCAGGUUAAACAGGAGCAACAAGAGGAUAAGGAUGACGAGCUGGGCAGCGACGACGAGUCGGAGAUGGACGACGUUGAGCGGCUUCUGUCGCACGCGAAAGAGCCAGGCUACAAUCUGCCCGAUACGACCGUCUCCCUGAUGGACGAUUCGACCGUCGACGACGAGAGCGAUGCGCUCGUCUAUCCGCUGCACGAGUCCGAGACGCUGCAGAGGCGUGUGUACGAACUAGCGAGCGCACUGCUGCAGAUCGAACAGUGCAUCGAGCAGAAGUUUCUGCGCCACCCGUUCGGUCCGAAGAAGGAGCACAAGGAUCGCAACUUGAUGCAGCAGAAGCAGCUGCAGGGGCUCAAGAAUCGCAUCAAGUGGGAAGUGUCGCUGAUGCGCUCGUCUUGCUUCGCGCAGCUAUUCCUGCACUACGCGGUGCUGUACGAUGCGAUUCACUGGUCGCGUUCGGCCGAGCGCAUCAGCUGCAUGAUCUGCCGGCGCAAGGGCGAUCCGGACCUCACGCUGCUAUGCGACGAGUGUAACCGGGCGUGUCACAUCUACUGCCUCAAGCCCAAGCUGAAGCAGGUGCCGGCGGGCGACUGGUAUUGUGUGCGCUGUCGCCCUGAGCAGCACCAAGUGAAGAAACCGGCGGCGGCCAACAAAAAGAAGAAGAUUUUCAAAUGGGAAGAUGACGACGAUGAUGAUGAAGAGGAUGUGGAAGAGGAAGAGGAAGAGGAAGAUAAUGAGGUGCAAGAAGAGGAUGAGCAGGAGGAAGAGGAGGAGGCAGAGGAUCAAGAUGCGGACGAUGAUGGCGAGGAGGAUGCUUCGUCGCUCAGGGCGGACGACGAACCGGUUGAGAACGGUGAGCAUGACGGCGGUAGUGAAAGUGAAGAUGAGCACAUUGGAACGAAGAAGAACAGUAAAAGCAGUAAAACAGCAGCCGGGAAGGUCGUCCCACCUCGAGCAAGCCGUUACCAAGAACGUGCGGAACUGAGUGUCGAUGAUGACAACGGGAAGAAUAGGGGUAGGGGCAACAAGAGUAAGAUCCCUCCGACGAGGGCAAUUGUCACGAGACGUGCUAGUCGAUACCAGGAGCGGGUGGAGGUUUCCGACGACGAUGACGACGAUAAGGAUGAUGAGGAAUAUGGCCCAAGGAAGAAGGCUAAGUUAAGUAAAACAGCGCCGAGUGCAGGAGGCAGUAAGGUUAGCAAGGGCGGCCCCGCUGCGAAGGGCACCAGCAGCACGAGACGAGCCAGCCGGUAUCAGGACCGUACCGAGGUUUCUGACGAGGAUGGAGAGAAUGAAUCGGAUGAUGACGCUGGUGGUAGCGCGAUAAACGAUAGCGACGAGUACAUGGAAAAUGGCCGGGGAACGGUCAGCCGAGGAGGAGGGGCGAAGCGGAAAAAAACGCAAGAAAACUCUCCGCCAGAGAAUGGGCGUCCAAAUGCAAAAAAUCCACGCCGAACCGCCCCGAAGCGACAGCAGCAACCGCUGACCAACGGGAAACCCUCCAAAGGUUCCCCUCGUCUGACGGCGUCCAGCGAGAAUGCUGGGAGCGAGUCCGAGACGAGUCCCGGCCAGCUGCUACGGGUAAGUGCCCGCUCCACCAAGGGCCGCCGGCGGUCCUCGCUGUCCAACGGAGCACUGAACGGCGAUGAGGCAAACGAGUCAGCAGGUGCACCGGGGCACCGGGCACCGCGCCGAUCACGCCGCACCGGCGAUGAAGUGCCGCUCAAUUCCGUCGUCCUGUACACGCUGAUCGACGACAUUCUGAAGCAUCCGGACUCGUGGCCGUUCAACCGGCCCGUCUCGGCGAAGGAGGUACCGGACUACUACAAGGUGAUCAAAAAUCCGAUGGACUUUGCGCGCGUCAAGUCAAAGCUCAAUAUGGGCGAUUACAAGAUCAACGAGCAGAUGCUGGCCGACGUGCAGCUGGUGUUCCGCAACUGUGAUCUCUACAACACUGACGAAACGGACGUUUUCACAGUUGGCCGCAACCUGGAGCGAUACGUCGUCAAGCGGUGCAAAGAACUAUCGCUGCCGUUCACCCCAAGUGACAUGCAAAAGUUCACCGUUGAACAGAACGGUCCGACCGGCAGAGCUGCCGAUGCAGAAGCGACAAAUAGUGGCAGCGACGACGACGACGACGACGACGACGACGAGUAGUAUUCUUAUGUGGUUAGUAACACAGCAAUCGCAGCGGCAGCAGUACUGCAAAAACUGACAAUGUGUUGGAAAGAGGGCCGGGCAUGGCAUUUUACAAGUAAGGGAGGGAAUGCGCAGUCACGAUUGAUACUCAUUACCGAAGCGAUUGCAUGGGAAGCAAUAUCUUUAUUGAUUUUCUUACGUGCGCAUUUUGAAGGUGAGGAAUACUAGCUGCCGCAUGGUCCGCGGUCAACAUAAAAUUAGAGCAAGAAGCCAGCGGAAGGUGUUGUGCCAACCCGUUGGACACGCUGUUAAACAAUUUAAAAAAUCCCUUCGCCCCUUGUCGAGACCAAAUUGGGAAGAAACAAUUCUAACAAGUAUAGGAAUGUGUACUGCAUUCAAUUGAACAUAUUAGUGCUAAGCAGAAGAGAGGGCAGGAGGAGGUGGAUUCGUCUUUUAAUGUGUUUGUCUUAGGAUUAUAUAUUUGUCUAUGAAUUUUACUAUAGGUUUUAUUCAAUAAUUAUUUCCUUUUUUAAUAAUAUAUUCCUUUUAACGCACGUUCGUCUCGCUGAUAACACUAGCACCGCCUACCAUUAGGGCUUAUAAAAUGCUUGUUUUGGUACUUGGCACGUUUUCUGGUGGGGCUUCUUCAGCUCGAGAUCGUAACGUUAUGGUUAAAGCGCAACGAUUUUUGGUGUGGUCACGUCUUUGGCGUAACGAUCGUCCUCGAUCAUGGACCCUACCCUUAAUGGACGUACUAGAUUUCCUGUGUGAAUGCAUCGGCUCUCGUGGGCCGAUUUGCUGGUAAUGGUAUGCGUUGUAAAAAUUAACUCGCGAAUCGAACAACGAUCAAUCACUCUUCGUGAAGAGUCGAAAAGCGCAUUGCUUAUGAGGGGAUUUGUUGCCAGGGAGAAGAAAACUUACGAACUUUAUGCUCGUUUGGGUACCACCAGAAAGAUAAACUUUCUCUACGUCCUGUUGUGGUCCAAUUUAAUGGAUUGCAAAAAUGUGCUAGAGGCAACACACAGUGCAACCGUUUCGAGAUCUUAGGUUUGUCAGCAUAUAUCGUUGCGCAGGCUGUACGAAGCACGUAUGCAUGAAUCUGGAUAACUUUAUUAUUAUUUAAAAAAAAUAGCGCAUAGUUGUAAACGCAUCUGCCCCAAAUGCCCCAAUACACGUACCGUGCUAGUUACAAAAUUCAACAUACCAUAGCAAUGCGUUCAAGUAUUUACUGUUUAGUUGAUUCGGUUGAAUCUGGAUAAGGUAAACUCGAGUUGGAGAGAAGCUGGUAGAAGAUCGAGCGAACAAUUAAAUGCCGACGGUAUAGAGGCAACCACACCAAACGGCCCUUUCGAGUGUCUAUUUUAUCAAGGUUUAACUGUAAAUAGCUUUGCUCAGGUAGUAAGGAGCGCGCAGUGCGAAUGUGGAUAAUUGUCCUCAAACAAACGCACCAUUUGGAUGUGGGUGGCCUCCAACAGAAACUGUG